AUGAUCAACAGUGGAAACGGGACGUUUUCGGCUUCGCCGGUCGUGACCAGCCUCGGCAGCGGCAACUCGUACAUUGACUUUGUGGUGGGCGACGUCGAUGGCGACCGACUCUCUGAUCUCGUGUACGAGAUAUAUUCGGUUUCCUCCAAGUAUAUUGCCAUUCGAAGAGGGGCAGGCGACGGCACGUUCUCGUCCGCAGACGAUAAGCGCAUUCCAGUCGGCUACUUGCACUCGUUUGUCUUGGUCGAUCUCGACAAGGACGGCACGUUGGACAUUGUGUCCGGAUUCGGGCAGAACGUCGGCGUCUUGGGCGUGCUUUUCAACACGGAUGGGAGAGGAACGUUUGCAGCCGGCGCACUUGUCCUUGCUGACGGCAUCACCAAGCCCUCUCGGCCGGCGGUGGGUGACGUCAAUGGUGACGGCCACAACGAUGUGAUGCUGGCGUCGAGGGACGACGGCUCUGUCCGGCUUGUGUACGGCCGCGGAAACCGCGAGUUUGACCCUGCAGUUGUCCUGUUUUCCACAUUUAUCAACCCGCGUGAUGUGGUUCUUGCUGACGUGAAUGGAGACGGCCAUUUGGAUGCGCUGCUUACAGCAGACAAUGCGCUGCGCUGGCUUCCCAACAAUGGCCACGGGCGAUUUCUUGGUGUGACAACUCUGCGGUCUCCAGGCGUUGGAUCCAUUGCAGUUGUGCAACGCGACCUGGAUGGCGAUGGGUUUGACGACAUUGUGUUCGCUGCCGACGGCCAGCUCCAGUACCUCACGUCCAACGCUACGUUCUCGUUUGAAACCACGCUCCGCUCGAUCGAUGACGCGUUGGACACGCCGUUUGGCCUCGCUGUCGCAGACGUUAAUGGCGAUGGGCUGCAAGAUGUGUUUGUGUUUGGCGGCGACAAUGGCGCCUUGGCGAGCCUCAUCAACACCGGCUCACUGGGCACUUUCCCGCAAAAGGCCAUCAUUGAUUCCAACGGCGUCGACUCGUUUUCCCACUUUGUCAGCGUCGGCGACGUGACCGGUGAUGGCCUGGUGGAUGUCCAGGUGGUGUUGAGUAAGAGUACAUAUCCGUAUGCUCAAGCUGUGUUUGCCGAUGUGGACGCCGACGCUGACGUCGACGUUGUGGCUACCUGUCCACCGGAGAACAAGGUCUAUCUCUCGCUUGCAGCGGGUGGCGGCCACUUUCCUGACGCGGCAUCGCCUACAGUUGUGGCGACGCUGGCUGCUGUCGACCUCAAAGUGUUGGAUGUUGACGGAGACGGGAAUGUCGACAUUCUCUGCUCAAUGUCGUCGCCAGGCGCGCUCACGCCGCUGGUCUGGCUCAAAGGACUUGGGCCUGGAGCGAGCUCGGUGUUUGCAUCCACGGCUACGACCGUUGGCGUCACAGGCCUAACCUCGGCAUACGGGCUGCACCUCGGCGACUUUGAUGCCGACGGCAUUGACGACGUCCUCGUGGGGCUUAGUUCGGACAAGCAGUGGGUGUGGGUCAAAAAGGUGUCGUCGUCGCCUUACUAUGCAACAACGACGCCGGUGGCUGUUCUCUCGGUCUCAAAGUUGAGCCGCAGUGUGGUUGUCGGCGAUGUGAACGGUGACGGCGCAGCCGAUGUUGUCGUUGCGCCAUCCUUCGAAGUCACCGAGGUAUUUUACGACGCUGAGGCUACAGCUCACUAUGUGGCACUAGCAGACAUUUCCGAUGAUGGCUACCUCGACUUGGUCCUCACGCGAUAUGGAGGUGGCAUCGAAAGCGUAAUUGAGGGCGUUGGCGGACGGUUGUCGAUCGAUUGUGGAACGCCUGGCGGCGUGCUGUUUGACUUGGCCAAGGACACUUACCUGACUCUUGCCAAUGUCGACAUCAUGCACGCCACGAUCGGGAGCGCGGCGACAGCGACGUGUGCGCUGCAUGUGAGCGGUGGCGUGCUGACGCUCGACAACAGCCGUGUGGCAUAUUGCUCUUCGGUGGCAGCAACAAGCCUCACCCACAGCCAGUCGGACUAUGGCGGCGCGGUACUGGUGGGAGAGGGCGGCGUGUUGAGAGUGGUCAACUCGACGUUUGAAGGCAACACGGCGGAGAUUGCUGGUGGCGCAGUGGCUCUAGCAGGCAACAACGCGCAUCUUGAGGUUAGCAGCAGUACCUUUGUCCGCAAUGUGGUCCUCGGUAACUCAGGCGGACUGGAGGCCGGUGGCGGCGCGGUGGCACUUGUCCGUGGUGCACCGGUGGCGAAACUGGGCUCGGGCUCGAGCUUUGUGGCCAAUUCUGCCAAUGAUGCUUCCGGUGGUGCUCUUGCUGUGCUGUCGACGGCCGACACUGGCGCGCGCAUCGAGCUGGCGGAAGUGCUGUCUGGGGUGGCGCUAGGUGCUGGCUUGGUGUCGGGGGUGGACGAGUUUGGUGCAGUGGUGGUCGACGGCUCUCUGGUCCUGAGCGUGGGUGUCGAUCCCGCAUCAGCAGCGUUGGCGAGCGUAUCUGGUGUCGAGUUUGGUGUGCCGUACCUGGUGACCCGGCGUGGGUUUGGGCUUGAGAGUGUGGUGCUCUCGCGGAAGCUGCCUGUUGCGACAAACGGAAGCGUGGCUAUUCUGCUAGCGGUACAGGUGUUGGGCGGAUCCGAGCUGCGACCGAGUGCGGUGAAGGCUGUCAACGUCAGCACGUGCGCGAUCGGAUUUGGGCGGACACCCGGCUCCCAAGGGACAUCGCUGCUGGAAUGUGCGGCGUGCGGCGAUGGAACAGCAUCGUACGAGGCAUCAACGGUCGAGUGUGAGGCUGUGGAUGGGUGUCGAACGGCUGUGACUGGCAUUGGGACGACCAAGUUGGUGUGCAGCGCCUGCCCGCGUGGCGGGUUCUGUGCGCAGGGCGUGGGCAAGCCUGUGGCUGCACCCGGGUUCUUUGCGACGGGUGAUGGCAACUUUGUGCAAUGCCUCCGCGAGAACGCAUGUGCCGGAUACGGACAGGGUUGCCAGCGUGGUCACGAGGGCUACCUGUGCAACCAAUGCUCGGAUGGUUGUUUGGCUGUGGUUAUGUCGCUUCCACGCGUCGAUGGCGGCAAGGCAGACCGAGUGCUGGUGACGCGGAGCGUGGGCGCGCCGGCGUCGCUAGGCAUGGUAGUGGUGGCGUUCCAAGUUGUGGGCAUUAUCGCGGAUGGGUCGUUUGCCUGGAGCUCUAGCUCCAAGGACGUGCUCAACGUGUUCAACGUGUUGAACGUGGACGUCUCGAUCUUUGCCAACGAGUGCGUGGUGAGCUCGUUUCACACCAAGUACAUGGUGUCGGUGAUGAUGCCGGUUGGACUUGUUCUUGCCGUGGCCGGCGCGCUGCUUGUGGGGCGAUUUGUGGCAGGGCGUAUUGGAAUGGCAGCGGGGCAGCGGCUUGCGGCAGUCAAUCGCAAGAUGGUUGUGGAAGCGGUAAUGUUCCAAGUCGUGCCACUGCUGUACAUUCCACUUGCGCGCGCGUCGCUGCUUGUCUUUGACUGCUCGCAGAUUCCCAACGGCAAAUGGGUGCUUGACGCCGAUCCUGGCCCUGGUGUGUUUGGACGAUAUGGCCCGCUCUACAAGCGGUUUCGGGCAGUGUACUAUUGGGCUGGGGUGGCUGAUCUCGGCAAGCGCUUAGGUCUCGUUGUGGUCUCUGUCUUUUUCUCGCGCCACGCUACGGUGCAACUUGCCCUCUUGGCGAGCAUCUUCUUCACCUCUGCGCUGGUUGUCUUCAAGUACGGUCCGUACUACCGGCAAGUGUACAACACACUCGAGUUUCGCCUGCAGCUCGUGCUUUUUAUCUUUCUGGGGCUGGGCAUGAUCUCGUACGCCGAUCGUAACAAUGAGCCGUCUGCCGGUGUCACGGGCGCGGUCAUGGCUUGCGUGGUCAUCCUUGUCAUUGUCAGCCUCAUUGGCGUCUAUGCCGAUUUGCGCGAAAUCGGCAAGUCGCGCAAGGAGCCGCAGCGGCUUGUGAGUGCGCGCAUGUCGCAGCUGCGGAAAGUUGUGAAGCACGAGGUGAUGGACCUGGACGCCGAGACCGCGGCUGUGCGGGUGGUAGAGAACGGGAGCGCGGUGCUGGAAGUCCGCGCCGAGGGCUGCAGGGUCGGCGAGGGCGUGGCGUGGCGAUGGGACGAAGUGGCUGCGCUGCGGGUCGAGGUGGCGACGGCUGGGAGCCGGCGAGCGACAACGAUGACGGUCCAACUCGCCUGUGAGCCUCUAAAAGUGGCGAUCAAGGGCCAGAGAGCGCGCGGAUGGAUAGUCGCGGUGCGAAUGGACAAUCUGCAUGCGUCGCAAGUGCUGGCCACGCUGGAGCGAAUGGAGGCGACAGUGGCGCUGCUGGAAGACUCGCCGGUCUUGCCGGGUUCGAUUCGGCCCGGCGGUGCGCUGAGCCUGAUGGGAUACGACGGGGUAUGGCUGCGCAAGGCGGUCAAUGCUUGGAACCGAGUAUUCUCGACCCUCCUCAUGGUCUCGUUCUGUGUGCAGAUGGCUCGCUGGAUCCCGAUCGUUGUCCCGAUGUGGCUUGAACCGUGGCUUGGGGGCAUCGCGUCGGCUGCCAAGGCACACGCUGUCACGUUCUACGCCGAGCACCCUUGGAUGGCGCUUGGGUGCAGCGCUGCGUGUCUUCUUUUUGCCUUUCCCAUCCUUCCGCCACUGGCGGUCAUCGCUGUGAUGUGGUGGGUGGCGCAGCAGACGCUUGCCGUUGUCUUUGUUGUCUCCGUCCUCCAGCAAGGCACGGUCAUUAUUCGCGAUGUGGCGCGAGUCCGAUCGACGAUCCGGUCGCUAACCCGACUGGGCAAAGCGACCAAGUCGGCGGUCCGGCGAGUGCUGGCGGCGGUGCUGGCGGCGGCGCAGGCGUUCCGGGCGUGGGUGUACGACGCGGUGGUGGUGGCCAUGACCACCCGGUGGUACGCGGCAGCCAUCGAGGCGCUGCCGGCGGGGGCCAAGGUUCUGGACGUGGGCAUCGGCACAGGCGCAGCACUGCUAGCCAACACAGAUGCUGCUCGGGCCAAGGGCCUGAUCUUUACGGGCGUCGACUACGACGGCGACUACGUCCGGUGUGCCAACGCGGCUGUCGCCGCGGCCGGUGCCGAUGACGUCCUGCCGACCGUCCUUGAGGCCUCGAUCUAUGAGUACACGGGCGGCCCGUUCGACGCCGCAUACUUUUCCGGCUCGCUCAUGAUCAUGCCUGACAAGGCUGCAGCGCUCGCGCACGUGGCCACCCUGCUCAAGCCCGGCGGCGUCAUUCUUGUUACCCAGACCAUCGAGGCCCGGCGCAACGUCCUGCUGGAGUGGGCCAAGCCGAUGCUCAAGUUUGUGACCACCAUCGACUUUGGCUCAGUCACUUACCUCCACGAGCUCGAGGCCGCCGUCCGCGAAGCCGGCCUCCGCAUCACAUCGUCGUCGGUUGUCGAGGGCUCUGACGCCCGGGCUGUCCAUCUGUUCCGCAUUGAAUGGCAGAUGGCCCAGUGGGGCGAGCAGAUGGCAGAUGGCCCGACGAUCAUGGAAGAGACGGCCGACGCGCUGAUCGCAAAGGGUCUUGCGAGCAAGGGCUACGUGUAUGUCGGCGUCGACGAUGGGUGGGCAUGGAACAGAACGGCGAACGGGACUAUCACGGCCGAUCCUGUCACUUUUCCGGAUGGCAUGGCCCAUCUAGCGAGCUACAUGCACGCUCGCGGGCUCAAGUUCGGCCUCUACACCGAUCUCGGGACUCAGACCUGUGGCGGGCGCCCCGGAUCACUGCACCACGAGACGGUCGAUGCUGACACGUAUGCGGCGUGGGGUGUGGAUCUCAUCAAGGUUGACCACUGCCACGCGCAGAACAUUCCGCCCAAGACCCUCUACCCCAUCAUGAGCAAGGCGCUCAACGUGUCUGGACGCCACAUCCUGUUCGCCAUGUGCGAGUGGGGCGACGACAACCCUGCGGCGUGGGCUCCAGCCAUUGCCAACACCUGGCGCAUCUCGCAAGACAUCAAGGAUGUGUUUGUCUCAGUUGUACACAAUCUCGACAUGUCGAAUAAGGUGUGGCAGCACGCUGGGCCGUACGGUUUCAACCAGGCGGACAUCCUUGAAGUCGGCAACGGCGGCUUGACCAAGCACGAGUCCGAGGCCCACUUUGCGCUGUGGGCUCUUAUCAAGUCGCCGCUCCUCAUUGGGUGCUCAGUCGUCGACAUGGACGAGUUUACUCUUGGCCUCCUCGGCAACUCUGCGCUCAUCGCGUGGAACCAAGACAAUCUCGGGGUCCAGGGCCACUUGGUGGCGUCGUACCUAGUGGCACCGGCGGCGUCGCAAGUCAACGCCGCGCCGCACAACGGGCUCCGCCUCGAGCCGUGCGCCUUUUCCGCCCAACCUGACGCAUUCUCUACAGCAAUGACCGAGGCCCAAUCGUGGUUCCCCGCGCCGCUUGGAUCUGGUGCGGCGGCGCGCGCAUCGCAUUGGUCAAUGGCUGACGCCACGCUCAAGCUCGACGAUGACCGGACUAUGUGCGUCGGCAAGGUCGGGGACGGCCUCGCCGCAGUGGCGUGCAACUCUUCGGCGGCGCUUGACCUUGAGCUUGUGCCCGAGUACGGUGCGCUGCGGGCGCAAGAUGGGACAUGCGUCUCGCUCGGCAUCGACUUUGAGCUCCAAGUCUGGGCCGGCCCGUUGACCGGCAAGCGAAUCGCGGUAGUCCUCUUCAAUCGCGGACUCCUUGACCACCACAUCCGCGCCGAGUGGAAAGACCUCGGCCUUGCACCAGGAACGCGGAUGAACGUUGUCGAUGUCAUCGCGAACGUCGCGCACGGCGUCGCCGACAACUCGUUCGAGGCUCUGGUCCCUACCCACGGCGUCAUCGCCAUCGAGCUCACUCCAGCGCAGGUCGACUAA